AUGGUAGAUGAUUCAGCCUUGGCCGCUGCGGCGGCCAUUGUGCAGUCGUUUGCCGCCGACGGAAGCACCCCCAUGUCUCUUCCCUUCCGGAAGGACACGACGAGAAUCGAGCUGCCCGGCCGCGACACACCCGCCAAGCGCAGCCUCGAGCUCGAACUCGCCAAACUCGCCCAGAGGAUCGAUAAGCUUGAGAACCGCGCCCACUCGGCUCCCACAGCCUUUCCAGAGACCCCCAACGAGGUCAACGACUCUCUCUUCGGAGAUGACCCGACUGGCACGUUCCCCUCCCUCGGCGGCCGAGUUGUGUCGCGGCCCCCGUUGCAACGAGAAGGUACACAGGCUGAUUCUGGGAGUGCAGGCAGCCCGCUGACUGACGAAGCUCUCGAGAGCCUCCAAGAGAAGGUACUAGACCAGGAAAAGGGUAUUUCCAGCGCCAGGGAAGAGAUCACCAGCGUCAGCGCCCAGCUGCUCGAACAGAAGGAACUGCAAGAGCAGGCGUUCUCUAGGAUCGAACAGGACCGCGUCGCUAGGCUCGAGCGCGAACUAUGGAAACACCAAAAGGCCAACGAGGCCUUCCAGAAGGCUCUCCGAGAAAUCGGCGAGAUUGUCACUGCCGUUGCUCGUGGUGACCUCUCCAAGAAGGUCCGCAUGAACUCUGUCGAGAUGGACCCCGAAAUUACGACCUUCAAGAGGACAAUCAACACCAUGAUGGACCAGCUUCAAGUCUUCUCCAGCGAAGUGUCUCGCGUCGCCCGUGAAGUCGGCACCGAAGGUCUGCUCGGUGGCCAGGCCCGCAUCGAGGGUGUCGACGGCACCUGGAAGGAGCUUACAGACAAUGGCGUCAAGGGCAUGUGGAACGAACUCACGGUCAACGUCAACGCCAUGGCGAAUAAUCUCACGACGCAAGUGCGAGACAUCAUCGAAGUCACGACGGCUGUAGCCAAGGGUGAUCUCACGCAAAAGGUUCAGGCCGACUGCAGGGGUGAAAUCUUUGAGCUCAAAUCCACAAUCAACUCCAUGGUCGACCAACUGCAGCAGUUUGCUCGCGAGGUCACCAAGAUCGCGAGAGAGGUCGGCACCGAAGGACGACUGGGUGGACAGGCUACUGUGCACGAUGUUGAGGGCACCUGGAAGGAUCUCACCGAGAACGUCAACGGCAUGGCCAUGAACCUGACAACUCAGGUGCGAGAGAUCGCCAGAAUCACGACAGCCGUCGCCAAGGGCGAUCUUACCAAGAAGAUCGGCGUGCCUGCUCAGGGUGAGAUCCUUGAUCUCAAGAACACAAUCAACACCAUGGUGGACCGCCUCGGCACCUUUGCCUUCGAGGUCAGCAAGGUCGCUCGUGAGGUCGGCACAGAUGGUACGCUCGGUGGACAGGCGCAGGUCAACAACGUCGAGGGUAAAUGGAAGGACCUCACAGAGAACGUCAACACGAUGGCGUCCAACCUGACAUUACAGACUACACAAGUGCGAGCCUUCUCCGACAUUACGAACCUUGCUACCGACGGUGAUUUCACAAAACUAGUCGAAGUUGAGGCGUCCGGUGAAAUGGACGAGCUCAAGCGCAAGAUUAACCAGAUGGUGUCCAACUUGCGAGACAGUAUCCAAAGAAACACCCAGGCAAGGGAAGCUGCAGAGCUCGCCAACAAGACAAAGUCGGAGUUCCUCGCCAACAUGUCGCACGAGAUUCGAACGCCCAUGAACGGCAUCAUCGGCAUGACCCAGCUGACCUUGGACACUGACCUGACGCAAUACCAGCGUGAAAUGCUGAAUAUCGUCAACAGUUUGGCUAAUAGUUUGUUGACUAUUAUCGACGACAUUUUGGAUCUGUCCAAGAUCGAGGCGAGGAGGAUGGUCAUUGAAGAGAUUCCCUACACACUCCGCGGCACCGUCUUCAACGCCCUGAAGACCCUAGCAAUUAUUCUCAACCUGGUCGGAAACGCGAUCAAAUUCACCGAGCAUGGUGAAGUCAGCCUUACGAUCAAGAAGGCCGAUGAGCUCAAGUUCCCUUGUGGCCCCAACCAGUACGCAAUCGAGUUUGUUGUGACGGACACCGGUAUUGGUAUUGCCGCCGACAAGUUAGAUCUCAUCUUCGACACCUUCCAGCAAGCCGACGGAUCGAUGACCCGCAAGUUCGGUGGCACCGGACUUGGCCUGUCCAUCUCCAAGCGGCUGGUUAAGCUCAUGGGUGGUGAUCUGUGGGUGAAGAGCAAUCACGGCAAAGGCAGCGCAUUCCACUUUACCUGCAAGGUUCGCCUGUGCGACGUUGGUUUCGAGUCGAUCGAGAAGCAGAUCAAGCCGUACAAGGGCCACCAAGUCCUUUUCGUGGAUAAGACGCAGACGGCUUACGGUAUGGAAAUUCGCGACAUGCUUGGCGCCAUUGGUCUCAUUCCCGUUGUUGUCGAUUCCGAGAAGAGCCCCUCCCUGGACAGGGUCCGCGGUAUGGCCGCCGCGUCCAUGCCUUACGACGUCAUCAUUGUCGACUCCAUCGACACAGCGAGGAGACUCCGCUCGGUGGACGACUUCAAAUAUCUCCCCAUCGUUCUCUUGGCCCCCAUCGUCAAUGUCAGGAUGAAGGCUUGCUUGGACCUUGGCAUUACAUCCUACAUGACAACGCCUUGCAAAGCUGUCGACCUUGGCAACGGAAUGAUCCCGGCUCUUGAAAACCGUGCCACGCCUUCGUUGGCAGACAACACCAAGUCGUUUGAGAUUUUGCUGGCGGAAGACAACCGAGUCAACCAGCGUCUGGCUGUCAAGAUUCUCGAGAAGUAUCACCACGUUGUCACGGUCGUUGGUAACGGCCACGAGGCUGUCGAAGCCAUCAAGCGAAAGAGGUUCGACGUCAUCCUCAUGGACGUGCAGAUGCCCAUCAUGGGAGGUUUCGAGGCCACUGGCAAGAUCAGAGACUACGAGCGCGAGGCCGGCUCCCACCGAACGCCUAUCAUUGCCCUCACGGCACACGCCAUGAUGGGUGAUCGUGAGAAGUGCAUCCAGGCUCAGAUGGACGAGUACCUGUCGAAGCCGCUUCAACAGAACCACCUUAUUCAGACGAUUCUCAAAUGCGCAACCCUCGGUGGGCAGCUCCUCGAGAAGAACCGCGAGCGAGACCAGCCGCACAAGAAGGAGGACGCCGACAAGAAGACGGAUGAUUCUGGCUCAAGCCUCCGGCCUUCACUGGAGACCCGUGCCUUCACGUCUAGGGACCCGCUGGUAGGACAGGGUCUCGACAGCCCGGCCCUGGUGACUGCGGAUCAGGAGGAUCCCAUCUCGAGAUUUCACUCGAUGAGGUCUCACAGCACCUAGGAUGAGGCGUCGCGAAGAGAAAAGCGCAAGUGGCCUUACGAACACGUCAGCUCCCCUGACGAAGAAAAGGCGCCCAGCAAACAACCACGGCUUUGAUCCUGGUACGGUCUGUUUGGCAUGACAAUAUAUUUAUACCAAACAGACCAGGGCCUUGGCACUUCAAGCUACUCUUCGCGGCACCACGAACACCAACAUGAAAUCCUUGCGCGCUUGAUGUCUCCCACUAUAUGGUGAACGUCGAAACGCCGGUCAUGUUGAAAACGAAUCGAACUGGUCUUCUCUUGAAACCAUGCUUUUGUCCAAAAGCAACCUACACACCCUUCACCUCUCCUCCCAUCCCAGAUUUGCCCACAAGAGCGCGACAUGGUAGCACUACGGCCGCCAUGGCCGACUUGUCGAAUGAAGCAUUAGCGCUUGCUUGGUCCCUUUGCCCUCCCAGUUUCCGCAUACCGGGAUGUUUUGCGCACGAGACGGAAUAUGGUCCGGAACAUACAAACGAGUACAGUCCGGCUGGGCUGACUGCGAGUCACGGCCGUCCGCACGGGCACGGCUCUACUCGUACAUGAAGCAUCACUUACCGCCCGCGAGCAAGACGAAACAACACGCAUCCGCAUCGCGUUGAUUCUGUCUGUGGUUCUCGUUGUAUUUCUUAUUUUUCCUUGUAAUUAUUCUUCCGUCCAAGGAACAGCACUUUGCCUCUUUGCAUGCCGGCUGCUUGCAGCGGUCGUGCCUGGGGACUCAGACGCGGUUCUCUUGGGAUUUCUGUUUCUCUUGUUCCGGUCGCUGCUCGGGUUUCAUUGCUAUGGCAGGAUGUUCUGCUUUCCUCUUUUCUACUGACGGUGAACGAGUAUUGGCCGCCCCUUUUCCUUUGAGGGAAUCGAGGCAGGUGGCAUGCAAACGAUGAAAGAGAGACGACGUGGGGAAAGGGAGGGUUUGGUUCCCUAUGAACUCUCUUUCGCCCAAGUGAUGGUCCUUGCGUUGGUGGAACGGGUUCAGGUUCCCACGGUUGGCGUCUUGAGGGACUCGUCUUUUUGUCUUCUUCUUUAACACCAAACCAUAUAUCCCGGCCACCUACGAGGCUGUUUCUACC